CAUCUGUAUCUAUUUCUACAUAUUUUAUUGAAAUUUAAAGAAAAUGUCGUGCGAAGCAAUUAGUGAAUUGGAGGCUCGACUGGGCGAGGCCACACUAGAGGAUGUGGCUAGUCGCCAUCGUCGGGAGCGCAAGGAGCUGCAAGCCAAGCUGCAGGCCAUGAAGAAAAAUGCACCAAAAAACAAUAAAAGCAAACGCAAAGAGUUUCUUGAGGAGAUGGCCCGCCUGGAAGGAGAGCUGGAGCAGCGUCAAAAGACGGAACUUCAAGACGCCACUGCAGCAGCAGCAGCAGCUCCAGCUGCCAACGAGCCAGCAGUUGAAAAAUUGCCAGCGGCGGACAGCGGCAACGAGGAGGAGGAUGUAGUCCAGCCAGCACAACAGCGUGUGUCCAAGGCUCAAAAGCGUCGCAACAAAAAGGAGAAAGAGGCACGCGAUCGAGCGCAGGAAAUACACCAGGCAAUGCAAGACGCCGCGAACGUGUUGUCGCCCAAGCAAAUUGAAUUGCAGCAAAUCACAGCUAAGUUGCAAGAUCGCCAGCUGGCGCUCCACAUGAUACCCUCAGAUGGCGAUUGUCUCUACAAUGCGAUACGCCAUCAGCUGCGGCAGCACGCCUUGCCCGAGCACAGUGUCCAGGAACUGCGAACCGAAACGGCCAACUAUGUGCGCGCCCACAAAGAUGAUCUCAUAUGCUAUAUGACCCAUCCGGAUACAGGGGAUCUUCUCACUGACGCGCAGUUCGAAGCCUACUGCCAGGACAUAGCCAACACUCAUGCUUGGGGCGGGCACAUCGAGCUAAAGGCGCUCUCCUCGCUGCUGCGCGUGCCCAUUGAGGUCAUCCAAGCCGAGGGCCCAUCGACGCAGCUGGGCCAGGAGGAGUUCGGCGGAGCGCCGCUAGUCGUUUGCUAUCAUCGCCAUAUUUACCAACUAGGCGCCCAUUACAACUCCACGAUUCCAGUGGAGGAGGAGUAGCAUUAAGAGUUAAGC